AGGUCCAAAUCUUCAAUUUCACGAAUUCAUUCUAAUAAUAAUAAUAAUAAUAAUAAUAAUUCCAUCAAUAAUAAAUCUUUAAAAUUAAUCAAGUCCUCAACUUCAACUGAAAUUAAAAAAAAUUUUACACCUAAUUCUCAACAAAAUUUAAAUUUAUCAAAUAUGAGUGCUGUACCACAGCUUGCUAAACUUACACAAAAAAAUGAUAACUAUAAAUUUCUAAAAUAUCCAAAAGAUAUUCCAAAAUUAAUUGAUACUGCUGCUUGGAUUCCACCAACAUGUGGUGCUUCCGCUGUUUUAGUAGGUUCUUUAUUCCCUUUUGCUGAUUAUUGGUUUAUGCGAAAACCACAAGAAUUUCAAAGAGAAUGGAGUAAUGUCAUGAGAUGUAUGGGAGGUUUUAUUGGUGUCGCAUAUGCUGCUACGAAAUUAUCAUGGAAUAGCAAUUAUCAAGUUUCUUGUACAUUAGCAUUGAUAUCGAUCGUAUUAUGGUUCCUAUUUGAUCGAACUUCACAUGGAUUUAUGAUGUCCACGUUAUUUUCUUCAAUAGGAACGGGUGUCAUGUAUAUGCUUGUAUCAAACGGUAUCUAUAGUUUCACGCACGCUGAUUUUUUCGGUGUACGAUCAUGGAUUCCGUGUAUUCUUUAUUCAUCAUGUGUAUGUUUUGGUACAAUUGGUAGACAAUUAAUGAUAGUACCGGAAGAAUGGUUUGAACCUGAACAGAAAGAACAAGGAAAAAGUAGUGAAGUAAAGACGGCAAAACUGGAUUAAAUAUUAUAAACAAAUGAUGAAUUUAUAAAGAUUUUUGAUGAUUUGAUAUUUCAACUUAUUUUUCACGUUAAUUUUUUUCAAUGUUAGUUGAAUAACAAUUGAUUAUUGUA